AUGUCGGAGGAAGUGCUGAAGAAGAGGAUGGGUGGAAUUAUUGAAUCCAUAGCGCUCCUGGAGUCCUACAAGAAGGAUUUUGAGAAGGAGAAGCCGCCAGCAGGGCACGUCCAGGCGUGGUCGGAAAAGCUGGAGUCUUUAUACGAAUUGUUCCAUCGUUCCGCAGCUGAGUAUGAGGCCUUACCGAGAGAAGAGGAGGAACCGGUGAGUCUGAAAUCUGAGAGAUUGAAAUUUGAUGCACGUUACUAUUCCCUCCGUGCAUUUUACAUUAAUAAAAUGUCAGUGCCCAUGAAUUCUUCCGCCCAAUCGCAUCCACCCUCUCGCUGUGUAAAGCUUCCGGAGCUGAACCUUCCCAAGUUCUCCGGGAAGCUUGAAGACUGGUGCGCUUUCCGAGAUUUGUUUAAUUCGGCUGUAGGCUCCCGCAAGGACAUUGGUUCGGUCGAAAAACUCCAGAAUCUGAAGGGAUCCUUUCAGGGUGAAGCUGCACGUCUGCUGGAGCCGAUCAAAACAUCCGAGCAGGGGUAUAGGGAUGCCUGGAGAACUCUACGGCUGAGGUACGAGAAUAAGCGGCAGCUGAUUAAAUGUCACAUCAGGAUGCUUUUCGAAGUUUCAUCAAUGAAGAAGGAGUCUGCGGAUGGGCUGCUUGGUUUGGUCGACCGAUUCGAGCAACAAAUCUCUGUGCUCAAGUCUCUUGGUGAGCCAGCAGAUAAAUGGAGCUCGAUUCUCGUAUAUUUGCUAUCCACCCGCCUGGACGCAUGCACACUCCGCACCUGGGAGAGCCAUUGUGCCAAGAUGGAUUCCGAGAACGUCGCUGCUGUACUUGGGGGGAUCGCCACCAAGCAAGAAGAUGAGGAAGCCGAGGGAAUGCCGUCGUAUGUGUCGAUGGUAAACUUUCUGCAGAAUCACGCUCGAGUCCUACAAGCAGCAUCUCUAAUUACAGCUCGCGAGGUACCAUCGUUCCGAGACCGGAGGCUGAAAGUCCAGAAAUCGGCAUCGUAUCCAGUUACGAGUUCAUCGGUGACGCAAUCUUCGCAACCGCUGCCUCUGUCGUCGACGUCUGCUUACAGAAAGUGUUUCAUGCAGUGUGAUGCCCCUCACUUCCUCUAUCACUGUCCCAAGUUUCAGAAGCUCGACUUUAAGGGGAGAAUCAACGUUGUGAGGCAGCACAAUCUGUGCUUGAAUUGUUUGCGCUCUACGUCUCACUUUGCACGGGACUGUCCAGCGCAAGGUUGUCAUCGCUGCCAGCAGAGACACCAUACGAUUCUUCACGUCGCUAACUCCGCUCAGAGAAACACCCCGAUGGAAGCUAGAGGGGAAUCUAGUGUAUCUGUUUCUGCUCUUCCUGCUUCGACUUCCUCCGGAGAAUGCUCCCAAUCCGGAAACCCGCAUGUUGCCUGCGUGGCUUCCACCGACACCGUAACCUCCAGUAUCGUCUUCCUUCCGACUGCGCUAGUCAACAUUCGUGACAGCAAGGGCGCUGUUUACACUGCUCGUUGUCUGCUGGAUAGUGCAUCGCAGCAUGACUUCAUCGCACAGAGGCUGUGCGAUCGCUUGAAGCUUCCUCGUCUACGACUGCCGGUUCCUAUCCGAGUGUGUGGUAUCGGAGGAGCCACGACGUCGGUCACACAUCAAGUUGUUGCUGCUCUUUCUUCCCGAGUUUCUCCGUUCGCAGUGAAGGCAAAUGCCCUCGUUCUACCAAAUAUCACGGUGCGGUUACCACAAACCGCCACGGAUCCUCGAAAUUGGUCCAUGUGGAUUUGGCAGAUCUAA